UGUCUGCUUAUAGAGGCAAACCAGUGGGAUGCGUGCUGCGGGCCGUCCAGCCAUCUCUUACACCAGUGCAGCCGGGGUUUGCACCGUGCCAGCUGUGCCUGGGCAGCUGCUGUGGUAGGGGCAGGCAUCCAACCCUGCUCUCCCUGGCAAACCUCCCGUCGAUGGCAGCAUGUGAAGGAUCAGGAUAUCGGGCGGUUGCUAAAGUGCACGAUCAAUUGGAAGUUGGCAUCCCGACAGGCAUGGGAGCCUGCCUCCAUCGAACCCAGCCUGGCUUGGAGCGACCUGGUUUCUGUGCGUGCUGAGGCUGGGGUGGGGGGCCCAGGAAAACCGGGGCUCUAGGUGUGAAGGGGGCGCAGGGAACUAUUUUUCCUGUCUGUGAGAAGACUUUGGGAUGUGCAGGCCCAGGCUGCAGCCUGUGGUCCCAGGAAUGAGAUGUAUUGAGCUCCUGGCAGGGUGAGACGUGACUGAUGGAGAGGGAUUGAAAGAGUCCAGACCUGUUUGCAGGGCACACGGGGAGAUCCUUUCCCAGGGAUUUCCUUCUAUUACUUCUUAUCUAUAUGAAAGGAGCACCUGGAAACCCCUGCUGAGAUCAGAGGCCCGUAGCAUCGGUUGCUCUUCACACCACUGGGAGCAGGCCGUGUCCCGAAGAGCCGAACAUCUGGAGAGGCACCGGUUGUGUUGUCCUGCCCACCAUAGAUGCAAGGGGCAAGAAGACUUGCCCAAGGUUGCACGGGAAGCUUGUGGCAGAGCCAGGAACCGGCCCCAGAUCUCCUGUGACCCCGCCAGCCCUUGUGCAAUCCCUUGUGUAAAGUUUUCAGGAGGGCCGAAGGGCCAGAUCCGAGAGGCAGUUACAGCGGCAACGCUGAGCAUUCACACGCCUAAAAUUUAGGAGCUUGGUCCUGGGCGUGGAGCCCACAAAACCUGGGGAGGCACCUACCUCCUCUGCACUUUAAAUAGAGAGACAGAGUCACCUGGGCCCUCGACCCACCGAGCCCCUGCUUUACAGUGGGGUAAGAGGCACCGUUGGCACUGCUGGAAAUCUGGAGCAAUGCCAUGGAAAGCAAUGGCUUGAUUCAGGAUUAUGCUUCAGAUGCCGGGGGGGGCAGGACCCGGUCGAAUGAAGCUGCAUCAGACUGAGGGAGAUGUGCCUCUGGCCUAUAUGGUGCAGGCUGGUCUGAAAAGGGCUUUAUCCCCUGGAUGCCCGCUGCCCGCCACACCCUUUUAAGGUUGAGUUUGGAGAGGUGAAAGACAGGGUGCAGCAAGGAGGCUGCCGAUCCAUUAGGCAGGCCGAGCUAGUGGCCGCAGUCUGCAGAAGCCACAAAUGUGUCUGAAAGGAAAGCCAGAGACCAUGAGAUGUGAAACCUCCCCUCCCCUUGUCCCCUCUCCAGUAGCUAAUGACUGGAGCCCAGGUCCCCUGUGCCAGGUCCCGGCAGAAAUCGGAGACGAUGGCGUCGUGCUGGUGGACCCAGAGUACCUGAAGGAAAGGAAAGUCUUUGUGACGCUGACCUGUGCCUUCCGCUAUGGCCGGGAGGACCUGGACGUGCUGGGACUGACCUUCCGCAAGGACCUUUUCGUGGCCAACAUCCAGGCCUUCCCCCCGAUCCCGGAGGAGAAGAAGCCCCUGACGCGCCUGCAGGAGAGGCUGAUUAAGAAGCUGGGCGAGCAUGCCUACCCCUUCACCUUCGAGAUCCCUCCCAACCUGCCUUGUUCUGUCACCCUGCAGCCCGGGCCGGAGGACACGGGGAAGGCCUGCGGCGUUGACUACGAGGUCAAAGCGUUUUGUGCGGAGAACCUGGAGGAGAAGAUCCACAAGAGGAACUCUGUGCGCCUGGUGAUCCGCAAGGUCCAGUACGCGCCAGAGAGGCCGGGCCCCCAGCCCAUGGCGGAGACCACCAGGCAGUUCCUCAUGUCCGACAAGCCGCUGCAUCUGGAGGCAUCCCUGGACAAAGAGAUUUACUACCACGGGGAGCCCAUCAAUGUCAACGUCCACGUGACGAACAACACCAACAAGACCGUGAAGAAGAUUAAGAUCUCAGUGCGCCAGUACGCGGAUAUCUGCCUGUUUAACACGGCUCAGUACAAGUGCCCGGUCGCGGUGGAGGAAGCAGAUGACAUGGUGGCUCAGAGUUCAACCUUCUGCAAAGUCUACACCCUGACCCCGUUCCUCGCCAACAACCGGGAGAAGCGUGGCCUCGCCCUGGACGGGAAGCUGAAGCAUGAAGACACCAAUCUGGCAUCCAGCACCCUACUAAGAGAUGGAGCCAACAAGGAGAUCCUGGGAAUUAUUGUCUCCUAUAAAGUGAAAGUGAAGCUGGUGGUAUCCCGGGGAGGCGACGUGGCGGUGGAGCUGCCUUUCACACUGAUGCAUCCGAAACCCAAGGAAGAGCCUUUGCACAGAGAGGUUCCAGAGAACGAAGCUCCCAUAGAUACAAAUCUCAUAGAGCUUGAUACAAAUGACGACGAUAUCGUGUUCGAAGACUUCGCCCGGCAGAGACUGAAAGGCAUGAAGGAUGACAAGGAGGAGGACGAGGAGGGGACGAACUCGCCCCAGCUGAACGACAGAUAAACAGGCAUCUCCUCCAGGUGCCGCGCGGUUGUUCCCGUAA